AUGUCGGACCGACGGCGGGUGGUGUCGCUGCUGGGUUCCGUCCUAAUUGCCCUGUCAGCGGGCAGCACGUACGUGUUUAGCACGUAUGCGCCGCAGCUCCAGGAUGCGCUGCACUUGUCGAGCACGCAACUGAACGUGCUGGGCCUGGCAGGCAAUCUGGGCAUGUAUAUGUCGGGCCCGAUAUGGGGCCGGUGGAUCGACCGCUCGGGGCCGUACGGUGCGAUCACCAGCGGCGCGUUUCUUGUGCUGAUAGGCUAUGGCAUGCUGUCGCGUGCGUACAAGUACGGCUGGACGAAUGUCCCUGUCGUGGUCCUGGCGCUCUUCUGCCUGCUCACAGGACUUGGUAAUUCAGCCGGCAACAACGCCGCCAUCAACGUGCAGGCGCGCAGCUGGAACGAGCAGCAGCGUGCGUCGGCAAUGGCGCUUGUGCUUUCCGCGUUCGGCCUGAGUGCGUUUGUGUAUUCGACGCUGUCGCACGCCUUCUUUACCGAUAAUGUGACGGGGUACCUGGACCUGCUGGCUCUCGGUAGUUUCACCUGCUUCCUUACAGGUAUGGCGCUGAUCAAGACGGUGCCGCCGCAGCCCGUGUACCUGCCCGAGCACCCGAUUGCUGAGGAGGAGACGCGCCCUGUGACGUCUCAGCGCGAGAUGCGCCGCUCGACGUCCGGGACAAGCGCGCGAGUCAUUGCAUGGAUCCAGGACGUGCACGAGUCGGAGUAUCAUGUGCCAGAGGCGCAGCAAGAGGACGCGGCUGGGAAUGACGAGGUCGACGAGGCGCCACUGAACAUUACGGGCCUCGCCCUUCUCCGUAACACGGACUUUUUACUCCUGUUCACCGUCAUUGGGCUGCUGAGCGGCUCUGGCCUGCUGCUGAUCAACAACGUCGGCAUCAUGACACGCGCGCUUUGGGACUAUGCCGAGAAGCAGCACAAGAACCCGCUCGAAUCGACGCAGCUCGCGGCCAUGACCGGCGUCACUGUCGAGCUGCUCAAGAAGAAGGGCCGGAAAAUGGCGAUGCAAAAAGUGCAGGCGCUCCAAGUGUCGUGCCUCAGUGUGGGCAAUGCUACGGGACGCAUCCUCAUUGGGUUCACGUCCGACGUUCUCGUGCACAUGACACGAAAGUCGUCGCACCGCACCUUUUUACUCCUGCCGAUCGUGCUUCUGGCCAUUGUGUCGCAGGGCCUGGCGGCGUGGCCGAAUGUGAUCACGACGGUGCAUCGCUUGCUCUUUGUUUCAGGCAUCACGGGUCUCAUGUACGGCUUCCUGUUCGGUCUCGGCCCUGUGCUUGUAUUUGAAUGGUUUGGUAUGAGUUCCUUCAGUCAGAACUGGGGAUGGAUGAGUUUUGCGCCGGUCAUUGUCGGCAAUGUGUACAAUAUUAUGUUUGGAAGUGUGUACGAUGCGCAUGUGCCGAAGAGCGGCACACACAGCCACCGCUGCAAGCUUGGUGAGGACUGCUACCGCUCCGUCUUCAAGGUGACGUCGGUCGGGUGCAUGAUCGCACUCGUUGUGUGCACCGUCCUCAUUUUCCGCCGCGUCCACGGCCUGCGAGCGAGGCUCGCGACGCUGUUUGGCCGGCGCAGGCUAGCUGUUGAAUAG